UAGUUUAAGACAGUAACGUUUACAAGCUUUGGUGGGUUUUCUGGUUUCUCAGCCCGGGACCUGCAGCGCUGCUGACAGCAUUGAUCUGGAUUUAUUUGCUUUUUUUUUUAAAGACAGGCUCCAAAUCGGUGCUCGAGACGACAAAAGUCAAAACAAUAGGAAAACCAAAAACAUGAUAAAACCAUCAAGGCUUUUUCUUUCUUUUUUUGCACGUGCUUUCAAUAGGAUUCGCUGCCAUAGCAGCAACAGCAGUUUGACUCCAUUGAGAAAGGAAGUCCCCGCUCGUAGAGAGGAAUCAUUCAGGUCUCGGUGGAAUUCUGCCAGCGCUAUCAUGGCAUCUGGAAUGGACAAGUCCUUGUUAUCUGCUGAACUCCAGGAGGAAGAGGAAGAGGAGGAGUUCCGGCGUCUUUUGCUUCAAGCAACUGAAAAAAUCCAGGGUUCCAUGCCCUCUCCGGUGGAGUCCAAACCCAUCCGUCCGCUCCCAGGAUUCUGCCUUAAAACUCAUACCGUUUCUGGCGAGAAGGUCUUUGUCAACGUCUGCAGGUCCCCGCACAUCCCUCCACCUCCUGACUUGUCCAAUGAAGAACUGGCAUGCCUUAUUGAGUCAGAGAAUGCCUCCGACUUCCGGAUUCCCAUGAGUCUGGGAGAGCCUCAUGCAGAAGUGGACAAGAGUGGUAAUGGGUGCACUGCCUAUGAUGUCACCAUCAGCACCAGCUUCUUCAACAAGAUGGAGGGUAACCCAUUUCUCAAAGAAUUCUUCAUCACAAUUGCCUUGGAAGGCUUGUCAGAGAAAUAUAAGAUGGAACUUAGCAAUGAAGAACGGCGGAUUCUGAAAAAUAGGAAAUUUAUGGGUUCCAUUUCAGAGCAGACCAUCCGUACUAAAUCCAAACCCAUCAUCCAGGAGAUGGACAGCAGCGCUGCCACAGUUCCUGAAUUCACCUUAGUUGCUGAGCCAUCUGUCAGUCAUCCUGACCGACUCGUCGCGAAAAUGUCCCUCCCUAAAAUGAACUCAGUGAAAUCCCUCGAGCUGGACCUGGGGGAGGACCGGAUUGUGUUACGAGGGAAGCCCGGAGUCUACCAUUUGGACAUUUUCAUUCCCUACAGCAUCAUCCCAGAGGAAAGCAGAUCUCAGUUCCACAGAAGGACCAAGAUCCUCACGAUCAUAAUGCCUGUUCAACGGCCAUCUCUGUUGCCAUGAGGUCCAAGGAGAAAGUUUGGAAGCAUGUUUGCCUCUUUGGUUGAGGGGGACCCAACCGUGACAUUGCCCUAGGGAUCCCUCACUCCUCAAGGAGACCCCAGGAUGAGGAAUGGAAAUCCAGCAAGGGGCGGGAGAUGGAAAAUCCAGCCCUGAAGGAAUGGUACUGGACUUACUUGUUCAAGAGUAGCAGUCUUGGCACCAUGAAGGUUUUGUACCCAAAUUAAAAUGUGUCCAUCAAAGCCAUUUUGUGGGUGCGUGCAGGCAUGUGCUGAAUGUUGCCAGGAAUGGUAAUUUCUCAUUUCCCCCCAAACAAUUUAAAACAGAAUUAAAC